AAUCAAUUCCACAGUCGGACGAUGCGGAUGGGAGAGGUGCUGAUGACGCCAAUCAAUCGAUGACUUGCUUCGAGGAUGGGCGCGCGUGCGCUUACAUAGAUACUCCGACCUCGAAAAGACGUGGGAUCGAUAGAAAUAUGUUAGGUUUACUGUAGCUAGCUUCCUAGCUUACCCCGUAUUGGCGAUUCCCAGCCUCUCCGUACUCCUCGCCCUCUUUCUCCACGCAAGCUCUCGCCCCGCCCGUCUCGGGCAUUCUACCGCAUAUUGCCAACGUAACCAUGCUAGUCCUUGUCACUGGCGCUACCGGCAACAUCGGCCGACAUGUCAUAAGCAGCCUCCUGGCUAGGGGCCAUCGGGUCCGAGCCCUCGCUCGCAGCCCCUCCUCGUCCUUCUCGUCUGACACUUUGUCGCGCCUCGAGAGCGUCGUGCCCACCAGCGGCUACGACGAUGUCGCUGCUUUAGAUCGUGGCUGCGCCGGCGUCGACGCCAUCGUCAACGCGUACAGCGGGAAGCCCGAGCUCACGCUCGAAGGCCAACUCCUGCUGCUCCGGGCGGCCGAGCGAGCCGGCGUGAAGCGGUUUGUCGCGUCGAGUUGGAGCUACGACUGGACCGCCCUGCAGCUCGGCCAGCACGAGAGCUACGACCCGUUUAUCGCCUUUCGUAACCACGUCGAGCUCACGUCCGAGAUCCGACCCAUCUACAUCCUGACCGGCGUCUUUGCCGAGGUUUUCUUCGCCGUCCCGGGACACGGCGACUUUACCCCCCGAAAUCACGGAUGCUGGGAUCCGCAGCGGAGAAGACUCGAGAUCUGGGGUACGGGCGACGAGCCCUGGCAGUGGACCACCGAAAAAGAUGCCGCCGAGAUUGCCGCCGAGAUUGUGCAGCGGGACGAUGCCGCCGAGGGCGGGUUCUGGCGUGUCUGCUCCGGUGUGAACACGCUGAGAGAAAUCGCCGCCACGUACGAGCGCGUUCGGGAGACGAAGGUGGACGUUGAGGUCAUGGGGGAUGUAGCAGAGCUCAGAGAACAAGCCAUGCGAGCAAGACGUAACGGAUCCCGGCGCAACUUCUGGCCAUACAUCGGGUGGUUCUACCAACUCUUUACCGUCGAUGGGACGUGGACCCUUACGCGCCUAGAUAACGAGAAGCUAGGGGUUCCCACGACAACCCUAGAGCAGUUCUUACGAGAGCACCCGACCCUCUAGCAAAUGAAACGGUAUUUGGGGCCAACAUGCUAGUUAGUAUGGAAAGGUUCGUAUAUAUAUUAUAUAUGCCUAUCCGCCGCCCCGCAGCUGUGAUUUGCGAGAUGCGGCUCUAUCGUCCGCGCAUGAACGUACAUAGGGUAGAUGAAAGCAUCGAACCGUUGUCCAUAUUAGUACGGUAUCUUCAGGACCGACUGUCGUUCGUCCGUACCUCCGCCUACCCAGAACCGCCGUGGCAAGGAAAGAUGGAUAUCUGUCGAGCUGAUAAAAACGAUAACAAAAGAGAGGGGGAACAGGUCAGCAAGUAAUAGUUAGUUCGUGUCAUCUCUCGGUCGGGCC